UUACAAUUAAGAAGAUCACUAAAGGUGUAUUUGUUGGACUAAAAGGUUCAUAAACUGUAUAUUUGAGAUAAGAUAACAGACAAUUAUUAAGGUUCCGUGAUGGUUGGACAGAAGGGGCGUGGCCUGCUGUUGGCUGCCUGCACAAUGGUCAUUUUAGUCAGUUUGGCGGUCAACGGGCAAAACAUUCCCAAACAGGAACUCAACCCCGAGUUCUGGCGCCGGGCAGCGCAGAACAAGAUAGAACAACGCCUGAAACAGAAGGAGAACCACAACAAAGCCAAGAAUAUCAUAUUAUUUAUUGGAGACGGGAUGGGACCGACCACAGUCACGGCUGCACGCAUUCUCAAGGGUCAACUGGCUGGCCAGCCGGGAGAGGAGAGCGUCUUUAACUUUGAGAAAUUCCCCAAUGUUGCCCUGUCAAAGACAUACAACGUUGACCGUCAGACCCCGGACUCUGCUGGAACAGCGACGGCGAUUCUAACUGGAGUGAAGACGAACUACUUCCUGGUUGGUCUGGAUCCCCGCACCACCGCCCUCGACUGCGAAAGUCAGCAUGGUCGCGAGCUCGAAACCAUCCUGGACUGGGCUCAUGAUGCUGGUAAGAAGACCGGUGUUGUAACGACGGCGCGCAUCACGCACGCGACCCCAGCGGCCGCCUACGCCCACUCCGCAGACCGCUACUGGGAAGGCGAUGUCGACACACAGGACAUCACUGGCGGAUGUCGCGACAUAGCCCAGCAGCUCGUCGACGAUAACGGGUUUAUUGAUGUGCUAUUUGGCGGUGGACGUCGCUACUUCCUACCAAACACAACGUUGGAUCCGGAAUACAGCAACAUCGACAAAAACCACCGCCUGGACGGCAGAAACCUGAUUGAGGAUUGGAAGAAGGGGCGACUGGCAGACGGGAAGCGGGCGGAAUUCGUGUGGAACAAGAAACAGUUUGAGAACCUUGACGCCUCCAAGCUCGAUUCCAUCAUGGGUCUGUUUGAGCCGAAUCACAUGCAGUAUGAAUUGGAGCGGAACAAGAACGACACCGGGGAACCAUCCCUAGCGGAAAUGACGAGAAAGGCGCUACAGGUGCUACAAAAGGGGUCGGACGGAUACUUCCUGCUCGUUGAAGGUGCUCGCAUUGACCACGGCCACCAUGACAACCUUGCAAAGAAAGCGCUAUAUGAAACAGUCGAAAUGGAGAAAGCAGUCCAGGUGGCGCUCGAAUUGACCAAUCAGAAAGAUACAAUGAUUGUCGUCACGGCAGACCACUCCCACCCGUUCGACAUCACGGGGUACCAGUACAGGGGCACGGAUAUUUUCGGGCUCGUGUCCCCUGUUGACCCCACUGAGGACACGACUGACGGGAAGCCAUACAGCGUACUCUACUACGCUAACGGACCCAGCUACAAGGAGCCCCGUGUUAACCUUUCAAAGGAGGACAUGCACGACAAUAACUUCGCGUUUCCGAGCGGUGUACCAAUGCCAUGGGAAUCCCAUGGGGGUGAAGAUGUAGCCAUCUACGCCCAAGGGCCUAUGUCACACCUAUUCCACGGUGUACAGGAGCAGAACUAUAUCGCACACGUGAUGGCAUACUCUGCUUGCAUUGGUCCGUACAAACAGCCGUGUAAACGGAUGACCCCCCAUCCCUCAACUGCCUCAGCCGACGGAAUAUCAGGACGUGCUCAAAUAUUGAAAAUCAUGCAUGUAAAAUAACACUGUCAAGCUUUUCACCAUGUUAAGAUUGCCAAAUCACUUACAAUAAUCAUACUAAUUGAUUUAUACUAAACCAUGGUCGAAAUCUUCAUAGUACUUUUGCAAACUAAUUGCGAAACAUUUCUGUUGACAUUUUUGUUUUACUCAAGUUAAACAUGUAGAAAAACGUCAUGAUGCUAAUAUGCAAUUCUAAACCCUUUCAAUGGCUUGUGCUUGCUAUGUCUUAUUCGUUUUGUGAUUACUGUUAAUACGUUCAUUAUACAUGUAAACUGGUACACAUUUUCAUUAUAUUGCAUGCAGGACUUUGAAUAAGAUUUGAAUACCGUUCAAACAGUUUCUGUAAAUAAUGAAAUUGUCCAUGAAUUCAACAUAAUACAAUGUAUGAUACUUGACAAUGUGCUUUAGUGACAUACUAGUAUAUCAAUACGGGAUAGGUUGAUAAAUAAGUAGUUGAAUAUACGAGAAAAUUAUAGAUCUGGAUAAGUGGAUAUGGUUGUUUAAUUAUCAGUGGAUGAUUGAUAUGAUUAUUUUAUAAUAAAAAAUGCUUUUGUGAAAAAAAUAACUAUGAUUUAGGGUCGAUUUAUUCAUGAUUCCCAUUAAAAACUAAAUUAUGCGUUGAAUUGUAAUACUUUUGAAUACUUAAAGUACAUUACAUUUAUUUGAUAUCGAUGUUAAAGCUACACUCUCACAGAUUGACCAUUUUUUGCAUAAACAUCUGAAAACCAAUGAUAUUUGACAUUGUUGACAAUAAAUAAGAUCGUAGAUUUUCAUAUUUCCGUUCGAAAAUUAAUGUUUUAUGGCUUCAACCGUUACUAAUGCACCAGUCAAUUGUAACCACGCCCCCCAGGUCCGGGGGUAUACCGGGGAUAGCUAGGGAAAUGGGCCGUGUUUUAACUUUCCAGGUGGCCCCGCAGGACCGGGUGACUGCGGGUUUUUUGUCUUAGCGCCAAAUUUAGCGGAGAUUGGGCCUUAUAUAGAGUCUCUGGGGUGCGGGGGCAUUUGGCCGGGGUUUUACCAUCAGUUCGUCCCCGCAGGGCUGGGAUUUUACCCGGGGUUGGCUGGACCGAAAGUCAAAGUCCCCGCUAUUCCCCGGACCUGGGGGUCCGUGGUUACAAUUGACUGGUGCAUAACGGGAUAAGAAAAAUGCAUAAGACAUCAUUUUUCGAACUUAAAUAUAAAAAUCUGUAAUAUUUUUUGUCAGCAGUCUUAUAUAACUAGUUUCCAUGGAUUGUCGCAAAAAUUGGCUCGUUCCAAGGCAAAAAAUUUAAAAAAGUUCAAUCUGUGAGAGUGUAGCUUUAAAGUGACAUAAAACAAAAUUAUCAGUCAGAUAUAGUAAUGUAGUAAUGCUCUAGUUUUUCUAUGAAACUAUUUUUAUGGGAAACAUGUUUUAAUCAAUGAAGUUGACACACUAUGGUUAUGUUACUGUGUUUGAACUAUCACUGUUAAGCUUUAUAUCCAUUAUAGUCUAUGUUAAUGUGAUUUUAGCUAAAAAAAAUUAAAUAUUAAAUCUUACUUGUGCAGCACUCAACAGGUUUAGGAAGUAUCGCUCGGUCAAAUUGUAUUGCAAUAGUAUGAUUCACAUGUCAUUUAACAUGACUCAUGAUAGAUAAUAAAAGUCAUAUUCA